CUAACUCCUGCGGCUAACGGCAUAGCAUAUAUAUAUAUCAGUGAUACCGGCCUUAGUAUUUAUUUCAUUGCAAUCGGCUUAGAAAUUCUACGCGAACAAAGUCAGACGUCUGUUAGUUGUACACGUAAUUAGAACAGACAAAACAGUUGAUCAUUGACUGACAUUACAGAAAAUAGAACAACAUUAGCACAUAAUCGUAAAGAUUAAUUCUCAAGGAUAACUAAAUAGACUAUAAUAAGUCACUAUCAAUUAGUCUAUCAAACUACACAUUGUCUUUACAAGUUGACGUCUGUAACGUUCUUAACAAUGAGAUCGAUUUGUUUCAUUAAGUUUUUGUUUUUAUCUGUGUUAUACGGUGCAGUGAGUCAAAUUGUCAAAGUACGCCAAGGAGUUAUUUCUGGUAAAACAGAAAUAUCAGCCAAAGGACGGCAUUAUAUGAGUUUCGAGGGGAUACCCUAUUCGACUCCGCCAAUUGGGAAGAACAGGUUCAUGGAGGUGAAUGAUCUGCAGCCAUGGGUUGGUGUCUGGAACGCGACAAGAACUUCAUCAUCGUGUAUGCAAUAUGAACCGUUUUCUAACGCAGUGAUAGGACAGGAAGACUGCCUCUACCUCAACGUCUACUCUCCAGACCUGAGAGAGACAGCAUCUCUUCCGGUUCUGUUUUUCAUUCACGGUGGAGCCUUUAUGUAUGGUACCGGUAGCAUUUAUGGACCUCAAAGAUUAAUGGAUUGGGAUAUGGUGGUCGUUACAGUCAACUACAGACUGGGACCUUUAGGUUUCUUAAGUACAGGAGACAGGGUUGUCCCAGGAAAUGCCGGGCUAAAAGAUCAAUACCACGCCAUGCUGUGGGUGAAAGACAACAUCAAAAUGUUUGGUGGUAACCCUGAUAAUAUUAUUUUAUACGGAAACUCAGCAGGCGCAUCCAGCGUGCACUAUCAUUUUGUGUCGCCUAGACAUAUGAAGGCAAAUAUCUUCAGUCGAGGCUUGUUUUCGAGUGGAUCAGCUUUGUCAAGUUGGAGCUAUCAGCAGGAUCCAGGUGACAACUCGAAGGUGCUAGCUUCACUCGUAGGAUGCCCAACGAGCAAUACUAAAGAGAUGGUUCACUGCCUCCAGAAAAUUCCUGGCGAUGAGAUAGUUACCGCACAGUCUUAUAUGUUGGGAUGGAAAGGUGCAUCCCUCUUCACUCCGUUUACUCCAUCAAUGGAACCAGAAGGAACUGAGAACCCGCUGGUUGCGUCACACCCAAGUCACGCCACGGCAAUAGGAAAGUUUUCGAAGCCCAUCCUCGCGUCGGUUACUUCUGAAGAAGGACUAUACCCAGCCGCUUAUUUCCAAUCAGACUCGACUUUUUUACCGGAACUGAAUGACAAUUGGGAAAAUCUUGCGAGUUCUCUGUAUCAGUGUUCGCUACCGUUGGAAAAAAGACGGCAAGUUACUGCAAGAAUAAAGGAGUACUACUUCAAUAAUCAGUCCAUCGGACAGGAAACCUAUCCACAGCUUGUUCAGAGUCUUGGUGACCGACUGUUUUACUCGAAUAUUGGAAAGUUUUUGAAAAUGGCUGCAUCCCGUUCAGAUCUACCGAUAUAUGCUUUUCGAUACAGUUUCCGUGGCGAAAAAAGCCUUUCAAACAUGAUUGGAUUAAACAAUAACGAUUAUGGAGUAAGUCAUUCGGACGAUCUCUUUAGAGUAUUCGUGCUUCCACACUUCGAACUAAACAGAGCUGAUGAUUUAGCAAUGAUUGAUUUACUUAUCAAUAUAAUCUACUCCUUCGCUACCGAUGGACUGAAUUCUACAAACGGACGUCUCACAAAAAGUAUCAAACUAUUAAAAACAGUUGAAUCUAAUUCAAGGAAGAAAAAUGAAAUUGACUUUGAAUGGCUCCCUGUCGACAAAGAUUCAAAAGAACUGAAUCUUCUAGAAAUAUCUGCUCCAAAUAACUUGAAAAUGAUGAGUGUAAAAAAUUUUGGAAACGUUUCAUUUUGGGAUAGUCUUGAACUCAACGAAGAACAAGAAUUUUGAGUAAAACACAAUUCUACGUCAAACUUUUUUGCAUAGUGCAGCCGCGCAAUGUUAUUAAGGCCGGCUUGGCAUAGCCAAGAGAUCGCCAAAAUAGCGCAUAAUUGAAACCAUUUCUUUAUGGUUUAUAUAAAGCUUGUAUAUUUACAAAAAAUAAUUAUAUAUCUACAGACUA